UAUGCGCUGCGUUUCCCCCUAAACAUUGCCCUUGGUUUGAGAGGUGAUGUGCUAGCGGGCUAAAACUGCACUUCGACAGGGAGAAUCUCUCAUUUAAUCCGCGGAAAUGGGGCUUCUCCCCGACGAGGCAAAGGUUCUCCCUCCUCCUGGGAUCAUAAACAGAAACUCAGUGUGGCUCGGUCUUUCAGGCUGGCUCGCAGCGAUGCUGCACAACAGCUUCAACCGAAGGCCUGCGCUGAAAGCUGGUGUGCACCGACAAGCGUUGUUCAUGACAGUUGGCUGGUUCAUUGGCUACCAUUUAACAAAGUAUGAAAACUACACGUAUGCUCGGUUGGACAGAGACAUGAACGAAUACAUCCGACUACAUCAAGAGGAGUUUGCAGAGAAAGAAAAGAAGACAUUUGCAGAGAUUGUGGAGCCAUUUCACCCCAUCCGUUGAGUGGAGAUGGUUGUCACUUGACAAAUUUGAAGAAUAAUCAAGAAGUUUGCAUGUCGAGCUCCAUCUGACUCUUGAUACUGUGUUGAAACUUCCUAAAAUAACAGUGUAUAUGAGUUCUUGAAUAUGUUUCUAAUAUUUGAUUAAACAAUUUAAAAAUGCA